CCAGGAGACCCAGCCUUCAUGUCCUGGAGAAGGAUUCCAAGGGCACUCGCCAGCAGUGCCUGGCUGGUUUCCUACAAGGUCAAAGCCGGCAUCUAGCCAAGCUCAGAAGCAAAAAGACUGUAGAACCAAGCUGAUUCGAACCAAGCUGGUGCACGAUCAAAAUGACUGAAAAGGCCCCAGAACCACACGUGGAGGAGGAUGACGAUGAGUUGGAUGGCAAGCUCAACUACAAGCCCCCCCCACAGAAGUCCCUGAAGGAGCUGCAGGAGAUGGACAAAGAUGAUGAAAGUCUAACUAAGUACAAGAAAACGCUCCUGGGGGACGGUCCUGUGGUAGCAGACCCAACAGCCCCCAAUGUCACGGUCACCCGCCUGACUCUCGUUUGUGAAAGUGCCCCAGGACCAAUCACCAUGGACCUCACUGGGGAUCUGGAAGCCCUUAAAAAAGAAAACUUUGUCCUAAAGGAAGGUGUUGAAUAUAGAGUAAAAAUUAACUUCAAAGUGAACAAGGAUAUUGUGUCAGGACUGAAGUAUGUUCAACACACCUAUCGGACGGGGGUAAAAGUGGAUAAAGCAACGUUCAUGGUGGGCAGCUACGGGCCUCGGCCAGAGGAAUAUGAGUUUCUGACUCCAGUUGAGGAGGCCCCCAAGGGCAUGCUGGCCCGAGGCACUUACCACAACAAGUCCUUCUUCACCGACGACGACAAGCAUGACCACCUCACCUGGGAGUGGAACCUGUCCAUUAAGAAGGACUGGACAGAAUGAGCGCCUCUGCCCUUUGCUCUGCCUAUCUUUGCCACCCAGAAGAGCCCUUAGUCCCUCCUCCCUGGUCACAGUUGGGCCCCUUCCCCAGCACCCUCCACCAUCUCUUAGCACUGCACCCUCUUCCACACGGUGUCUCCCAGUGAUACCCGAACAAGAUGCUUAAAAUCCGGGCCUUCAUCCUGCCCUCCUGAUCAUGGCCAAGAUCUCCCAAGUUCUCUGUCCCAUAGACGAUCAUUUAAUAUUCCUUCUUUUAUUCCCAUUUGAGCAACUGGAGAUCAGAAGAUGGGCAAACUAGCACAGUCCUUCUGCCUCAGGUCCUUGUCUCUCCCUCCCACCCCUGGAUUCUCCUGUGGUUACUGCUGGUUCAGUGAAGGUCCCUCAUCACGUUCCCUGCCAACUGGGGUUUUCCUUUUCUGGGAGACACUGUAAACAGCACAAGAGAACAAGAAUAAAGCGGUUAUAAGAGCUGA